GACGCCACCCAGGCGGGACCCGCUGAGGGUGCGGAACGCUGUGGCUCCCGGGAGGACGGGGUCCCCGGCUCUGCGGGCAAGUGCGGAGUGGAUCCCAUUCCGCCGCCCAUCCCGGCCGCGGUGGGGACCUCCGGAGAACGAGGAGCUGGGGGACCAACAAAUCAUUUCAACUUCAGAGCAUCUAAAAGUACAGUCGUGGAACUGGGCUUAAAGCAAUAGAAAGGGGAGCAGCCGGACCAUCUUUCAUUUACUCGCAUUUAAAAGGAAUUUGAAGGGAAGACAAAAUGGCAGAGUUUUAAGGUUACUAUUCAGGAUGAAUGAUGAUAAUUCAGAUAGGGCAGAAGAAGGAUCGCAUUAUGUAUUUAUCCGUGAUAAAAACUCAAAUCCAUCUGAAUACUACAAAACAUCACCAUCCACCCAGUGCCCUUCAGUGAGUCACAGGGAUUGGAACUCUGCCAACCCAGAUGACAUGGUGGUCGAUUAUGAAAUGGAUCCUGCAGUGGACAGUAGUGAAAGUGUCUCCUUAAGCCAUCAGUGUGUUGAAGCCCUUGCUUACCCAGAGCCUUCAAGCGACUUCAUGGGGAAGCAUGAAUUUGCAAUGUAUAGUGAGCUUAGCUGCCAGUCUCUUGCGCUUGUGAACACAGGGAAGCCCGCGGACCCGCACAGUGACUUGGAUUCCCUAGAGGCAGUCCAGGAUGAGAGGUUUGCUCCCUCGAAACUCUGUGAGUGCGAGUCUGACAACCAUUACGCUUGUGGAGAUUCCCCCGAAACCUCGGAGCUAAAACAAACAUAUGACGUGAGAGUGGACACAGUUAACACCACCUUUAUAGGACACCGGGCUAUUGAACAGGGUCAGCUUUUACACGCUCCUGGAGGUCUGCAGCCAACAGUGAGAGGCAGAAAUGCAUUGUCUGGCUCCGAUCGGCUACCACCUAAGAUAUGUGUGAGAAAGAUUAGUGAUAAUAGAGAGAACUUUGAAAACCUUCAAGCCACACCUUCAAAGACCCUAAACACAGCCUCUUCAGUGAUUUCUGAUGUGCUGAUGCAAACUGAGAGUCCAGACCUUGGAAUUCAGUGUCAGUAUUCUUUAGGAAAUGUCACCAAAGAGAACACAGAUGGGAUGGGGCAAGGACUGGUUGGAGAAAAAGAGAUACAAGCUGUGACACUGGUUUCUGAUGGCAUGGAGGUCCCCAAUGGGUCUGUAUUACAGGAGUUCUAUUGUGUAUCUGAAGAUGACCCAAACAGUGAGACACAUUCACACAGCUCGUAUGCUCAACAGGAAAUGGGCCAAAAUCUAAGAGGAACACUGUCCGACUGUCAUGUUGAUAGUGAAUGCCCAGUACUGGUGCCAGCUUUUGAUAAGAGUAAAACCAGAGUCCUGGACUCUGAGUGUAGAGUCACUGUGGCUGAAGACCCACACAUUGAUUCCCAUGACAACGACUCAGACAUCCAAAGUAGUACUGAAGAGCUGACCCAGAGAAGUGUUCCAGGGCAGAGGGUUUCAUCGUAUGAAAUGGGUUGGGAUGACCGUGGCAGAGCCAUUAGCACAGAUAAUCCAGCUUGCGUGUCAGCACCAGUUAAGCAACCCCUCAAUGUGAGCGUCACACUUCUACAUGUUGAAGGGACGAAGAAGUACAGUAAUGUGGAAAACGGACCAAGAAAUGCUAGAAAUGCACCAAACUUGAAGGGAGACCUGACAAAUAUGUCAAAACCUAAUCUGGGAAAAUCGGCUACCAAAACAAAUACCACUGUAGGCAGUAAAGUUAGGAAGACAGAAAUUAUAAGUUAUCCCAGACCAAACUUCAAAAAUAUUAAAGCCAAAGUUAUAUCCAGAUCAGCAUUGCAACCCAAAGACACUUCCCUAAUGAAGGACACACCCAACUCUCAGGUUCCAGGGGGCUCCUCAGCCUCAACGGUGCCUUCUAAACAGUUGACAAUUAUGAACAAAACACCAAGAUCUGAUUUUAAAGCAGACAAAAAGCCAGAAAUCCCAAUUAACAAGACACACAAGCAACAGUUUAAUAAACUCAUUACCAGCCAGGCCGCACAAGUUACAACUCAUUCUAAAAAUGUUUUGCUCAGAGUUCCAAGAACAACAUCUGCCGAGAAACUGAACCGGGAGGAUGUUGACAAGACAGGUUCUCCUCAUGCAGGGAGUGAGACCGGGUCUGUAGCUGCCUUCUUCCAGAAGAUCAAAGGCAUUCUCCCCGUUAAAAUGAAAAGCUCAGAGUGUUUGGAGGUAACUUGUGUUUCCCACAUCGAUCAGAUUAGCCCUGAGAAGGGUGAGCAGGACUGUGAGGCUCCAAUGGAAAAGCAAGAGCUGGAGAAGCAAGGCAUGAAUGAGACUUUUGAAUCCAAGUCUCUGUUUCUGGGCUCUGCACCCAAGACUUCCACCACCUCAGGGAGGAGCAGUUCCAAGCCAGACUCUUGCAGCCUGAGGAAGGCACCAGGUCUGAAAGCCAAAGUGGGGCCUGCUGCUUCCUGCCUGAGGAGGAAGAAUGACAGUAGAACCCUAGGCUCUGACAGGGCCUUAUCACCUCAGAGGAUCAAGCGUGUGUCCAGCUCUGGUAGCAAUGCUGCCAUCAACAAAUAUGAAGAGAAACCUCCAAAACAAGCGUUUCAGAAUGGGUCAGGACCCUUAUAUCUGAAGCCUUUGGUACCCAGAACUCAUGCACACUUGCUCAAAACUUCUCCAAAAGGUCCUUCAAGGAAGAGUCUGUUUACAGCUUUUAAUUCAGUUGAAAAGGGCAGGCAGAAGAAUCCCAGAAGCCUGUGCAUCCAGACCCAGACAUCUCCAGAUGUGCUGUCCUCCGAAAGAACGCUUGAGUUGGCUCAGUACAAAACAAAAUGUGAAAACCAAAGUGGAUUUAUCCUGCACCUCAAGCAGCUUCUUGCCUGUGGUAAUACCAAGUUUGAAGCACUAACAGUUGUGAUCCAGCACCUCCUGUCUGAGCGGGAGGAAGCACUGAAGCAACACAAAACCCUCUCUCAAGAACUUGUCAUCCUCCGGGGAGAGCUAGUUGCUGCUUCAAGCACCUGUGAGAAGCUUGAAAAGGCUAGGAAUGACUUACAAACAGCGUAUGAAGGAUAUGUCCAGAAACUAAACCAGCAACAUCAGACAGACCGGACGGAACUGGAGAACCAUUUGAAGGAGUUAUACGCCGCAGAGUGUGAGAAGAUUCAGAGCAUUUACUUUGAGGAGGCAGAAAAAUAUAAAACCCGACUGCAAGAGCAGUUUGACAGCUUAAACGCCACCCAUGAAACCACGAAGCUGGAGAUCGAAGCUAGCCACUCAGAGAAAGUGGAAUUACUGAAGAAGACCUAUGAAACCUCCCUUUCAGAAAUCAAGAAAAGCCAUGAAAUGGAAAAGAAGUCACUGGAGAAUAUGCUUACUGAGAAGCAGGAAUCAUUGGAGAAACAAAUCAAUGAUCUGAAGAGUGAAAACGAUGCUUUAAAUGAAAGGUUGAAAUCAGAGGAACAAAAGCAACUGUCAAGAGAGAAGGCAAAUUCAAAAAACCCUCAGGUCAUGUAUCUGGAGCAAGAACUAGAAAGCCUGAAAGCUGUGUUAGAGAUCAAGAAUGAGAAGCUACAUCAGCAGGAUAUGAAGUUAAUGAAGAUGGAAAAGCUGGUGGACAACAACACGGCAUUGGUUGACAAGCUGAAGCGAUUCCAGCAGGAAAACGAGGAGUUAAAAGCUCGCAUGGAUAAACACAUGGCAAUUUCAAGGCAACUUUCCACAGAGCAGGCAGCUCUGCAGGAGUCCCUUGAGAAGGAGUCGAAGGUCAACAAGAGACUGUCCAUGGAGAAUGAGGAGCUUCUGUGGAAGCUGCACAAUGGCGACCUCUGCAGCCCCAAGAGAUCCCCCACCUCCUCAGCCAUCCCUUUCCAGUCCCCCAGGAACUCUGGUUCCUCCUCCAGCCCAAGCAUCUCACCCAGAUGACGGUUUCUGAACACAGGAGACUCUCUGAAGGCACUGAGGUGCAGCUCUGGAGGACUGACCGUCUCAUAGGAACUCAAGCUGCAUUAGCUUUCUGGAAUGUCCACAGGAUAACCAGAGAGCAGCCACCAACUGUAUCAGCUCUUUAAGAAUUGAGAGCUCCAGAGGAAGACUUUUAACCUGUCCAAAAGCCUCCUCCAAAAACAGAUUUUGGACCUGAUGUGGACAUAGUUGCACAAAGCACUUACGGAAUGAGAGAACCUUGUUCUUUGCCUUCCUUCACCUAAGCAUACGGGGAAAACUCUCAGGGGCCUAUUAAGAUAAAGAUUUAUAACCUUUAUAAUGUUCUUCACCAGAGACACCUUCUUGUGAUUUUUAUUUUGGUCUGACUGUGGGCAAGGGUUGUGUGUGAGUGAAAUGGGUGUACUGGUGUGUCACGUGACUGUCAUAGCCCUUCCUCUGCUGUGUAUUAAAAGUCAACAGUUGCAUAUAGCUUGGCCUGUAUUAAUCAAGUCAUAAUCAGCACAUACGUGUCAACAAAAGCCAUAGAAGAGAAAGCAAUAGUGCUUGAAUUUCUCCCAACUUGUCUCAGCACUGUGACACGGCAGGGCUAGGGCAAGACAGGAAAAGCCUUUGGUUUGUUGAUGUCUGUACAUUUCUCUGUUGUUAGUUUUUCCGUAUUCAGCAUUAUCCAUUGAUACCAGUUUGAUUUUUUUUUCCAGUAGAAUUUUUAUGAGCCUAAUUACUAUACUCUGAUUCAUUUUCUCAGGCUAUGAGCAAAUGUAGUACCCUAAUUUUUCUAAACACCAAUCUGUAUAAAGAAUAAGGGGGCAGUACCAAUGGAUGUUUGACUUAUUUUCCCCUUGAGUCCAAGCUAUCUUCACAGAGGUAACCCUCUCUCUUCCCUCCUGCUAUUCUAACCUCCACCUUUCCUUCGUCCUCCAUGUAGAGCCACAGAGGCAAACCUACCUCCUUCCUAACUACAGAAUGUGCUUUUCCAGGGCCAGUUUAGCUUUGAGGUGCUGAAUCUAUUUCACAAAUAAGCUAAGCUCUGGUUCAGACACUACAAAAUUUUGGAAACCCCUGGGGGAAAUCAGUAAAGGCAUUUAGCAUGUACUAAUCCACACAAGCACCGAGUUUAGCCAACAGUUCCCUGUUGAAUCGACCAAGAGAGUCUGAGUCAGCAGUGAUGCUGACUUGGGCCCCUCUGAGCAGUCUUCCUGCCACUGGAAUGCAACAGGCCAGCCAGAGAGUGAGAAGUACGGCUCAUGCAACUCCUUCACAUUUCAGAUGUUCACUUACCAUCUCCCCAGACUCCAAGACUUUCAGUUAGAAGGAUAGCUGUGGCUCCUCACCACCCAACCCACGAGCUUCCCUGUGCAUGUGCAUUUCGAUGCCAGUAUUUAUUAAUCCAUGGUCAAUGCUGGUCAAAUAACCCCUAUAGCAAGGACAGAUGCAGGACACUAGAGGUGGUUAUUGGAGUCAUCCUAGACCUCUACACUACAUAGCUUACUGAUGUUCAUGAUGCAUGCUUUUUAUUAGUGGUUGUGUUUGAAGUCUCUUAUCUCUAAUAGUUUGUGAUGUAUGUCACCUUCCAUGUUUGCUCCUGAUAAACAGGAAUCUAGCUUCACUGCCACAUCCUGGAACAUCUCUGCUCCUGGUCCCAAGUUGUUCUCAAUGACUGUAGCCAAAGUCAGGUUUGUCAUUUACGCCCUAGUUAUGGUAAAGUUCAUGCAAUUACCUACCAUCCCUCAUACCACUUAGAUGUCUGGGAAGUCAAAUCUUAUAGCAAUUAAAAUGCCUAAAGAGCAUAGAAGACGAGAGAGACAAUAGGUCUCUAUUUAAGGUUUGUUUUUUAAACCAAACGUUUUGUGUAGAAUACAAAAUUGUUGACACAUCGUAAAAAAAAAUGAGUGUAUGGAUAACUGUGGUUUAUAGCAAUGGAAAGUGUAUUUUACUUUGAUCAAAUAAAUAGUGCUGGAAUAUUCAAUGUAAGAAUGGCAGCCUGACAUACUUUACUCUUCAAAGUGUUAGGUUAUGUAUACCCCUUCCCAUCCCUCCUUAGUUAAAUCAGGUCCCCAAUGCUAAAAUUUGUUGUGGCCAGCUUAAGGUCAAGCUUUUCAAAAUUCAAAAUACAUGUAUCAGAGACCUAAACUUUGACUAGUUUAAACAAGUUCUUGUGCAAGGCGUAAGGAAAUUGGAAGAGCUGUGGUCUAAGUAUUUUUGAAGAAGGGUCUUCACCAAAGCUGAAUCUUCUUCAGUCUGUUCAUCUAUGUUAUGUUAAAGGCUAAACUGUUAAUAGUGUACAUGCAGUUAUUUUGAAUAGAGGAAUUUAAAAUCAGUACUCCGAGUGUGGCAAUUUAAUGUAAAAAGAUGUGAUUUUUGAUACCUUUAUAAAUGAACUCACUUAGCUUUGAUAAAGUGACAUAUCUAAGCAUCUGAA